GCCCGCGCCGCGCCGCUCGGGUAGGCAGGCAGGCGGGAGGCGGGGGCCGGGCGUCUCGACGCGGGUCGGGCUGCGCCCGCAGCAAACGCCGGGCUCUGGGCUGGCUGCCGCCAGCAAGGUGCCCGGCCGUGCGGAGAGAAUGUCCCGGUAACUCCUGCGGGAGUCCCACGCCCCAGGGAAGAUGAUGCUUCUGCGGAGGGGUCCCAGGCCGUGGCGUCCGCGGCUACUGCCGACUCCGGAUACCCGGGGUCGCGCGUACCCGCGGUCGCUGACGCCCCAGAUUUUGCGUGUGAAACUAUGUGGAAAUCUGAAAUAUUAUCUCUCACCCCUUUAUAGUACGGUGGUGCCACCUGAUGAAAUAACAGUUAAUUAUAGAUACGGACUUCCUUUGAUAACACUUCCUUUGCCAUCCAGAAGAGAGCGUUGUCAAUUUGUAGUCAAACCAAUGUUGUCAACAGUUGGUUCAUUCCUUCAGGAAAUACAGAAUGAAGAUAAAGGUGUCAACACUGUCGCCGUCUUCACAGCAGAUGGUAGCAAGAUCCCAGCUUCAACCUUGAUGGGAAUUUUGCUAAUGAAUGAUUUUAAACUUGUCAUCAAUAAAAUAACAUAUGAUGUGCAGUGUCCCAAGCAAGAAAAACUGAGUAGUGAGCAUGCUACUGAGAUGGAAACCAUGAUGUCUUUGGUUCACAGACUGUUUACGGCCAUACAUUUUGAUGAAUAUAGGAAGAAGAAAGAGAACCAUUUACUGGAGAAAAUUGACCGCCUGAAGAAACAGCUGCAGCCCCUCGAACAGCUGAAAGCUCGAGUCGAAGGUCGCUGUGAAGCCAGUAUCAGCAGACUCCUAUGGACUGGAUUAGCACUGCUGUCUGUUCAGGGUGGGGCACUGGCUUGGCUCACUUGGUGGGUGUACUCCUGGGACAUCAUGGAACCAGUUACAUACUUCAUCACAUUUGCAAAUACCAUGGUCUUUUUUGCAUACUUUCUAGUGACUAGACAGGAUUAUACUUACUCAGCUGUUAGUGGUAGGCAGUUUCUUCACUUCUUCUAUAAGAAAUCAAAGCGAGACCAUUUUGAUGUGGAGCAGUACAACAAAUUAAAAGACGACCUUGAUGAGGCUAAAGAAGCCCUGAAGCGUUUGCGCCAUAUUCUCUAUUUUCGAUUGCCAGUGGAAGAACUCAAUGACAAGAGUUAACCUUACAGUUUUAAAAAUCACUCAAUUGUUCCAUACUGUGUUGAUUUUGCAACUUAGAAACUGGAAGUUUUUGAGUCCCAUAGUUCAUUACAAUUUGACUGUUUCAGUCUUUUUUAGUUGUUAAUAAAAAAUUCUUGUAAAACACAAGUACUCUUUGUAGUUCUCACUUGAGAUUUCUGAUG